AGCAGCAGAAAGCUCAGCUCCUAGUGUGUAUGUGUGUCUGGAUACGGGCUGCUGCUGCUGUUAAAAGAAGGAUUUUCCGUGUUUAAGAAGUUAAACAAGUACUGUAACUCAGAAGUGCAUUAUCGUUUUGUAUGAAGGACAACCAUCGCUGCAGUUUGACUGAAGCUGAUCUCCAUCUUCCUUGCCUUCUUCCAGCCCGCUGCAUGGAUUUUUCCCAUUUCUAGUUGAUCGAGUUCUCUUUGGAUGAAUUUCCUGGAAAAUGGGAGCAGGAGCAAUCACUGUCUGUCAGAACAAGACAGCUGUCAAGUUGAAGGAGGACGUGAAGAGGAUCAUGGCUCAGCCACUCGGUGGGCAGAGGACCUGCAGUGCUGGCAAGGUGUUCGGUGUUUCGCUCUACGACCUGCAGCAAAAAGGGCAGACGGUUGACAGCAUUCCUCUUGCUGUGCAACAUAUGGUAGAAUACUUGCGACAAUAUGGGCUGGAACAAGAAGGUCUUUUCCGAGUGAACGGAAACGUGAAGGUGGUGGACCGUCUGCGGCAGAGUUAUGACAGCGGUGGUGUGCCCGAUCUCGUCCAGGAAGCAGACGUCUGCUCCGUUGCAAGCCUCCUCAAGCUGUUCCUAAGGGAGCUCCCUGACGCAGUGAUUGUCUCCAGGUUGCACUCCCAGUUCAUGCGGCUGUAUCAGGACCACAGUGGAAAUCAGGAAGAAUUACGAGGGCUUCUAAAGCAGCUCCCGGAAGUUAAUUACUGUCUGCUGAAGUUUCUGUGCCACUUUCUGACUCUGGUUGCUGCAGAGCACAGGACCAAUCGAAUGACUAUUUACAACCUUGCCACCGUCUUUGGUCCUAAUAUAUUUCAUGUUUCCCCUGGUUUUGAAGGAAUACAGGAGCAAAACAUCUCCAACAAGCUGAUGGCUUCACUGCUCGAGAACUACGACAUCUUCUUUGAAAACACAGACAAGGUGGACGUCCCACCUGGCACUGGCAAGCAAACGAGAAUAAUAACUGUGCAGGAAGCCAGCAGUGACGUGUCCUUCCCAACCAGUGUUUGUUCUGUGCCAUCAGCUGUCUCAACCACUGAAGCAACAAGACCGUUGCCAAAGAGAAAAAAGAACAAAAAGACAAGGCCCAAAGUCAUUCCAGGAACUUUCCUUGUGCCUCAACCAGAACAAUCAAGUGGAACUCCAGAAAAAACACGGAUGCUGCCUGUCAGGCGUGCCAGCCAAGAAGAGAUGGAGUCAUCCGAGGAGCUUGCCUCCAGUAUAAAAGACAUGGAGAUAACCAGCUCUCAAGACGAUGAUAGACCAAUGUCCCCUUUCUAUUUAAGCACCCAUGUGUCACCAAUCAACAACAAUUCAUCAGCCGGGGACUUUAUAGAGAGGACCAUCCGGUCAGCAGUGGAACAACACCUCUUUGACAGUCAUGGCAGUGGAGGUCAAAGCUCGGAGGAAUCAGAAUCAGGGACAUCGUUAUUGAGUGCAGUGGGCUGCGCGAGACAGAGGAGGAGACAUCUGAAGGAACAGGAUGAACCCUGGAGAACCAGAGAAACGGAUGACAUCAACAAAGAGAAUAUUCCCUCAGCAUUCAGCGGUAAUGAGGAGAACCGAUCGGGGCUCGGGGAACCUCCGCAGCAAGGCGAUAAAAAGCUAAAGGAAACUAACGGCAGCUACAUCGAUGAAGGCAUGAAGCCAAAGAGGCAGAAGUCAAGUUGCAAACUUUCUGAGCUCAACAAAAAUCAGGAUUCUCCAAUGCCCAUGGAAAGCAGCAGUGUCUCAUCAAGCUGGACUUCAGACCCAGGACAUAGGGGCAGCUUGAGUUUCCAGACUCACUCAGAUGAUGUGACUGAACAUGAGCAAAAGGAGAGUGCUUUCUGUGAUGGGGAUUCAUACGACCACAUUAAGUUGACUUUGAACACAACCAUGAAGAUUCAGGAACCUCCGAGCCAAAGCGACGUGGCCAGAACAGCGAGGACUCCUGAACCAGCCACAGCGGAAGGCAACAGCACACUGGAGAUCCCUCGUCUGGACCUGACUGGGUUGUCAGAGGACAAGGAGCUGGGAGAAGCUGGGCCAGCCCGCCAGAUGUGGAAGAGCCCUGAUGCAGAAUCCGAGGAAGCGCGCCUGUCGCCGCAGGCCGGCCGAUUAAUCCGCCAGCUCCUGGAGGAGGACUCCGACCCCAUGUUGUCUCCUCGUUUCUAUGCCUACAGUCAGAGCCAGCAGUUCCUCAGUGACACGGAAGUGCCCCCUUCGCCCCCUAAUUCACAUUCCUUCAUGAGGCCUCGGAGCUCAUCCCUUGGUUCCUAUGACGAUGAGAGGGAAGAACUGACCCCAGCACAGAUGACCCGAAGAAUCCAGAACUUGAAGAAGAAAAUUAGGAGAUUUGAACAGAAAUUCGAGGAAGAGAGGAGAUAUCGUCCUUCACACAGUGACAAAGCCACAAAUCCGGAAGUGCUGAAAUGGAUGAAUGAACUCGCCAAACUUCGCAAACAACUGAAAGACACAAAGCUGAAGGUAUCUGAAGAAGACAUCAUCCCCCAGGUGAGGCAGCGCAGCAACACCCUGCCCAAGAGCUUUGGGUCGCAGCUAGAGAGGGGCCCCGAAAAGGAGCCCGAGAAGAAGCAGGAAGUGGCAGAGAAAGUGCAGAAGCCCUCAGUAGAGACGACACUUGACACCAUCCUGAAGAAAUUGCAGGAGAAGCGUGCUGAGGUGAAUCGCCCUGAAGAUAUAAAGGACAUGACCCGAGAUGAGAUAGCUAAUGAGAAGGUUGCCCUCCAGAAGGGGCUUCUGUACUACGAGAGCAUCCAUGGGAGGCCGGUCACAAAGGCAGAGAGACAGAUAAUGAUGCCUCUUUAUGAUCGCUACCGUCUGGUGAAGCAGAUUUUGUCCCGGGCAAACACCAUCCCUGUCAUUGGUUCCCCUUCGAGCAAGCGGCGAAGCCCUUUACUGAAACCAAUAAUCGAGGGCGAAACAGCUUCCUUCUUCGAGGACUUAAAGGAAGAGGAAGAUGGCACCGAAGAUGACGGUAAUCCCAAAAUGGACUUUGCAGUGACAGCAAAACCGGGUUUCACCAUCCGCAGCUUCCUGGAUCAGCUGGACGACAGCAUGGAUGGGUUCACACCCCCGGUAAACGAAAGGACACCAGCCCGAUGCAGCCUCGACCUACGGCUCUCCAACCUGCACUCGGCCUCCAUGCCUGAACUCUUGGAACAGUUGCAAGAAGCAAGAGCUGACAAAAAGCGACUUCGCAAAACCCUGAGGGAUUUUGAAGACACUUUUUUCCAGGAAAAUGGAAGAAAUGUGCAGAAGGAAGAUCGAGCACCCAUGGCUGAGGAAUAUAGUGAAUACAAGCAUGUCAAGGCCAAACUGAAACUCCUGGAAGUGCUCAUAAGCAAGCAAGAUUCGUCAAAGGUCAUAUGAGUAUGCAGGGACACUAUGGUAACUCUUCAUUGCCUCUGUCCUUUAGCAAAAGGUCCUACUAUGAUGACGAGGAGAUGUGCUGGCUUCUCUCCGGUGAAAGGUGUCCAGCAGCAGUGAGACUGUAACCAAGAGGAACUGCCAUACACCACCACCUGUGCUUCUAAGGAAGGGUUAAUCUGAAGGGAUUCAUCUCAUCCUUCCUAGAGAGUGGAUAAAAAAAAAAUCCCUCAAUCUUUGAUUACCCUCUGCAUUGCAAACCUCCGAUCACAGAAUGAGGUCUGACCUACAGUUGAUUACAUUAGACAAUGCCAGUGCUUUGAGGCCAAGUGUAUGACCACAUGGAUUGUGGCAUGGAUAACAAAUAACACAAGAACCGGGGCUGGUUCUCAAUAUCUUUAAAAGUAUGAAAGAAUUCCUACAGGAAAUGGACAGUUCUCAAAUGAUAUUAUUGAAUUAAGUUUAUAGGCAGCAUUUAUCAACUCUCCAUUAAAAGGUUUUUUUUUGCUUUGUGGGAUGUUUUAAUAACACCAAAAAGACAAUCAAUUGAAUGAAUACUGGAUUGAAUCCCGA